AUGGAACGACAUCUUGUACCACUAAGAAAUCAACAACGUGAACAAUCACCAUCACCAGCAAAUCAAAUGCAGCGACAAGUUCAACGUGGACACUCACCUAGAACAGUUGACCGUGUUGAUCAAGCUUAUCCUACUAGAGGUGAUCCACAGGAUCAUAUUCAUUUUAAAGAUGGUAGACAUGUAUUAAAUCAAGAUGGAACAUGGAAACAUGACGGAAGAUCACUUAGUAGAGAGGAAAAGAAAUGGAUCACAGAGAAUAAUUGGACAUUACCAAAACAAGAUGAAAAAAAGAAAUGA